GUUUGCCUUGUGGUCCCAGUGAUGCUGGGCUGGCUUCCCGAAGAGCGGAUUCCAGGAGCAGGCUGCUGCAGGGUGACGUUGAGUCAAUUCCGGAAGCAUCCUUCCGUCUCGCGGGUGGCUGUGGUGAUGACACUGGUAUCUUCAACUCUCUCCGUGGUCCAGGUGUUGGUUCCAGACAAGAGGGUGCGGGCGGCAGUCACCCUUCUGUGCGCCGUUGUAGUCGGCACCCAGUCUUACCGGUCGCUGAAGCAGAUCACGCCUUACCUUGGGAGAACAGGUCUCUUCAUCUUCCUGAGACAGUGCCUGCGGCCGGGCCUCGGCGAAACAAUGUUCAAAUGGCUUACAGACCAUCCUGGAGGCCCCCAACUCGGCGCUGCUAAGCUGGGCUUCGUGGACUGCUUCGGCUCUUUGGGACUCCUGUGCGGGAUUUGCAUCUACAACAAGUACAUGACGAACUGGUCCUUCCGUAGGAUCUUUGUUACCGCCCAGCUGGCAUACUUCUUCACGCAGUUGUUGGAGGUCGUCCUCGUGAUGCGGUGGAACCUGGUCAUCGGCAUCCCUGACUUUCUGUUCCUGGUUGGUGACGAUGCCUUCGAUCUGAUGGUCUCCAGAUUUUUCUUCGUCCCCAUGUGCGUGCUGGCCGCCAAGGUUUGCCCUCCUAACCUGGAGGCGACCUUAUGUGCAACCUUGCUGUCUCUGGGAAAUUUCGGCGUGGCCGUCAGUGGGUUCUUGGGCGUGACCAUCUGUGAGAUGUGGGGACUUGUCGGAGACAAUUUCGACAACUUGCCCUACGCCUCCCUGGCCAAGGCCUGCAUGGCACUUCUUCCGAUACCCUUCAUCUUCGUGUUGACACCGGCCUUCACACCGAACGACCCUGUGCCGGAGCACCCCGCCCAGUACGAGGAUUCAACCCGGCGGGAAACGGAAGCCGCGGAAGCCGCGGAAGCCAUCCCUGACAAGCAGAAGGAUCCUACCGACUCUGACAAGCAGAAGUAUCCUCCAACAGAGACGAUGGCAGUCUGA